AAAGACGCGGGAGUAAACGAUGGAGUGAGACAUCGGCGACCGAUCCAAGUACGCGAGACUAGCAGUGUUGUUCAUUAGACAAAAAAAGUAUUCCAUUCGAGACAGCCAGAAAAUUGGCGCCUGCCAGAUAAUCGUAACGCCAAGAACUGUUAGAAUCGGUUGAAAAUGUCGCAGCAGUACGUUGACGCUUAUUUCAACACCCGAAAACGGACAGCUGCCGAAGACGUUAGGAGCAGGACCAAAGUCCUCAUCCUGGACGAUGAUCAAGCUGUGAACGUGGCAAGCAAUCUGAACGAUCGUAAUGUCGAUGAGACAAAAAACCUCGACUCAUUAGCCUCUCCGGCCAUUCAGGGGGACGAUACUAACCCCAAAAUGAGUCCGAAGAUCAUCUUCGCGAACGUGGACUCCAAGCAGAUCGAAGGCUGCGAGAUCCGCAGUAGCGUUGUUCGUCCCAAUCGCGUCGUACGAAACAUUCAGUUUGAUGCGGUGAAGGCUGGGAGCCCUAAGAGCCCGAAAUCCAGUUCACGGAGCCGCAGCGGUGCUCGUAUGAAAAAAACCGCAACCCAGGAAGGCCAGCCGGACAUCCGCGACACCUUUUUGAAACUGAGCAAAGACGAAGGCGAAGCCAAACAAAAGAGCAACGUUAUUUUCGAGAAGAAGGGCCUUCUAAGUCCGACCAAAAAGCGACCGUCGACGCCUCAGAAAGUUCCUCAGCACUGCGCUAUACAGAAGGUCACCAAUACCAAGACCUACGAGACAGCCGAAGAACAACCAGCUGCUGGAUCUGUGACGCCUAAAAAAUUAUCCACAAUGGACGCCUUAGCCCAGAAGGAUCUCAGCCUUGGAGAAAUAAAAAACCGAAUUAACCGGUCGUCCAGACUUGCAGAGCUCAAAGCUUCAAUUGCUAAGAUCAACAAGUGUGCUGCGAAGCUUGGCGAGAUUCAGGCUAAAAAACCUCAAAUUCGGAAGUUUGAAAAUAUUGAAGUGGAGGUUCCUGUUAGUCCGCAGAAAGCGAUGAUGUCUCCAAAGAAGAACGUCUUAACCCCAACAAAGAACGUUGAGCUGCCAAAGAAUGCUAGCCCUCAAAAGCGGCUACUGUUUGCUCCUAAAGAGAGUUCAGGCAGUCCUAGUAAAAGUCCUACUAAGCAAGCUGCCUAUCAAAAAUAUCAAUCCUUGGUUGAAUCUGGAACACCGACUUUGUUGCUACCUUACAAUUAUCGCCUUUUGGCUGAAGCCUUUAGAUGUGUUGAUACUGUUGUUUCAUUGCUGUUCAAUCGAAAAGAAGUUAUAACAUUCAAGAAGCUGAAACCAGCAGUACAGGAAUUACUGAGGCGCAAUUUUACAAUGGAUCAUUUGGCACAGAUUAAAACAGUGUAUCCAAAUGCCUUUGUGUUUAAUCAGGAGAAAUUACAUAACUUUGGUUCUUCCUCCAAGCAGGAUAAGUACGAACUUGUUAUAACGCCUAUGGUUGAGCCAAAGAAUGGGAGAAACACACCAGAUGCUGACAAUGUUCUCAAGUCUGCCUCGGAAAUGAGCAUGUGUCCAACGGUCUUAUUGCAACGUCGAAGAAUCUUCUACAAUACGCUUUUAGAUCUGGUCAAGGAUUGUCAUGAGAAAUAUCUUCUAUCAUUGAAGCCUCCAAUGGUUAUUCCAAAGGAGAAGUUGACCAGAUGGCAUCCGGAAUUUGAUGUGGAAAGUUGCGCUACUAUCGAAAAAGCUGAACUGCCGCAACCUCCUAACAUUGAAAAAUUUACAACUGCCAAAGACGUACUUCAGAAAGCCAAGGACAUGUUCAACUGCAACACGCGUAUGGAAAAGGCUUUGCAGAGGUUGGCAGAAGCUAAAAUGACAUCAAGAUCCGGUUCACCCAGCUCAACCUUGACUGUCGAUGUAUCAACUCAGAUUAAUGAUCAAGAAAUGAGAAAAGUUAACAUUUCUAUUGUUGAUACACCACCUGCUACUCCUACACAUAACAGUUACCUUAGCACAGCUUUCAAGGGUAUUCCAAAAGCGCUUCUUGAAAAGGUUCGCGCGAAGCAGGCAGCGAAGGCAUUGGAAUCAAUGACGAGAACGUCGGACUCAGACAAAGAGGCAACUCAGUAUUCGCGGUUGCCAGAGCUGUCCAGAAUUCUGCGGAAUAUUUUUGUCGCGGAAAAGAAGGGUGUCUUACCUAUGGAAUUCGUUAUCAAAAAGCUCGAUAAUUCUUACAGGGCAAAAUUGACCCCCAACGAGCUGGAGGAUCUUAUCAAACUGAUGUGCAAGCUGCUUCCUGUUUGGGCGAGUAUUCAGAAGGUGCAAAAAACUAAUUACUUGAAAUUGACCAGAGAUAUCGAUGUCAACAAAGUUGUCAGAAGAUUUGAAAUAAUGGCCAAUAAUAAAGUGAACGCUUCUUAACAGUGGUAAGCAUUGCUAUUGUAAUAGAAAUUUAAUCGACUUGAAUAGGCAAUUUGAAUAUAAUCAUUAUUCAGUGUACAACAGCUUCAGCUGUGCCAUGUGAAGAAUGUAAAAGCUCAUUUAUGAUACCAAAUCGAUUCAAAGACUUGAAGACUUGUGGAAAAGAUUUUUUGAUGCGGGUUUUGCGAUCAACACGCAGAAGUUAGGUUUAGAUUUAAUUUUAAGAAAACCUUUCACUUUCCUUUUUGCGUCCGCGUUUCGUACCGUUUUCUUUUGACCGUGUUCAAGCGCAAUAGAUUCACUUUUGAAAAACCUCAGAUUUGUUAAAUAUUCUCUCAUCAUUGGCAAUAUACGAAUUCUUACCUUAUCGCUUAUGUGAUGUUUGUCAAUUUUGAGGUGAUAUUUUAUUAAUCCAUGUCAGAGUACAGAUCAUCUCUUCUCCAUCUAAAUAGGCAGUUACGAUCUACUAUUCACUAUUUCUUCUUCCUCAUGCGACUGAUGAUAUCAGUUUACAUUCCAUAUAUUUACUUUUUGUUUAUGAUAUAUGAUUGUCAGUGAUAAAUUUUUUGUUCUGUCGUUGAGUUACAAUCCAUUUGAGUAUCUGAAUAAUUAUGCCGAUGGAAGCAAUAUUUUAAAAUAAGGAUUAGUAUUGAAUUUUUUCGUAUAUCGUUUACACACAUUUUAGUUUGUCGUAUUAUUUGCAAAGAAGAAGAAUGGUAUAUUUGUCAGAUUCAUUAUUUGAUAUUUCUAGACACAUGUCAAAUUUGUCGAUCUUCACAUUUUAUAAUUUAAUUUUAUACUAAGUUAAAAGGCGGAAUUAUACCUGAGGUCAGAAUUACUUCGGCUGUGGCAUUGAUAACUCGAAUAACUUGUAUGUUGUACCUAUGUUUAAUAUUAGAUCUCUUCACUAAAAAAUUGGAAAUUAAAGACAGCUGUUAUCCAAAUUCAGAAUUAUUAAUUUCGAGGGUUGAAAUGCAAUCCAGUAAUAAGAUAACUGAACAAAAUAAAACUUCAAAAAUUCGUUAUAGAUUUCACCACGUAAAGAUUAUAUUUCGGUAUUGUACGUCGCGUUAGAAGAAGCGUCUUCCUAUAAACUAUAUACUACUUAUAUAAUAAGCAAUAGUAUUCGUAUUUACAAUGUUAAAUGAUGUACGAAUUUGUCUUUACUUGAAAUUCUUUGCAUGGUCCAAAUUCAAUUGAUUAUGGUAACAUGACUACAUGGAAGGACUUGCACAAAUAAGUUUUAGAAAUUUUCUGGACGUAUGUUAAUCGAGCUUAGUUAUAGCUAAAUAUUUAUACAUAUACCAUUAUUGAAGCAAUUAUAUCUUGGGCAUCGACUGAUUGUGAGUUUUUUGUCUGCACAAAUAAAAUAUCCUUUACGC